AAAGCAAGCCGAGGGAGGGGUAGCGGCAGGACUAACGGAAAGAACCAAUUGGCGGCGAUGUGAAGGCGGAAACACCCGAGCAGUUCCGGAAAGACUCGGGGAGUUCUGAGUGGUAAUCGAGGCGUAGACUAUGGUAAUGGGCGGGGCCAGGUCGGUACGUUCGAAGGGCGUUGGCGGAAAUUACCGAAGAUGCCCGAAGCCGUCGGGACGGACCCGAGUACCUCACGCAAGAUGGCGGAGCUGGAGGAGGUGACUCUGGACGGGAAGCCUCUUCAGGCGCUGCGGGUGACCGACCUGAAGGCCGCACUGGAGCAGCGAGGCCUAGCCAAGAGCGGGCAGAAGAGUGCCCUGGUCAAGCGGCUCAAAGGGGCUCUAAUGCUAGAAAAUUUACAGAAACACUCAACACCCCAUGCUGCAUUCCAGCCAAAUUCCCAGAUUGGCGAGGAAAUGAGCCAGAACAGUUUCAUAAAGCAGUAUCUGGAAAAGCAGCAGGAGCUACUUAGGCAGCGUCUGGAACGUGAAGCUCGAGAAGCUGCAGAACUUGAAGAAGCUUCAGCUGAGUCGGAGGACGAGAUGAUCCAUCCUGAGGGAGUGGCUUCCCUGCUGCCUCCUGACUUUCAGAGCAGCUUGGAGAGACCAGAGCUGGAACUCAGCAGACAUUCGCCCAGAAAAGGCUCCUCUGUUUCUGAAGAGAAAGGUGAAUCUGAUGAUGAGAAACCAAGGAAAGGAGAAAGACGGUCAUCCAGGGUGAGACAGGCAAGAGCUGCAAAAGUCUCUGAGUGCACUGCUGAGGAGGAAGAUCAAGAAACACCUUCUAGAAAUCUGAGGGUUAGAGCAGAUCGAAAUUUGAAAACAGAGGAGGAAGAGGAAGAAGAGGAAGAUGAGGAGGAAGAUGAAGAAGAGGAAGAUGAUGAUAAUGAGGGACAAAAACCUAGGGAAGUACCAAUCUUAAAACAGUUUGAGGAAGAAGAGGGGGAAGAGAUGGCCAGAGCAACACCAGAAGAGGUAAUGGAUGAAAGACACAAAACUGUAAGGUCCCAGGAACAGGAGGGUUUAGAGAGAGGAGGAAGAGUUACAAGAUCCCAGGAAGAAGCCAGAAAAAGUCAUCUAGCCAGACAGCAGCAGGAAAGAGAGAUGAAGACAGCGUCUCCCCUUGAGGAAGAAGAAAGAGAAAUAAAAUCUUCACAAAACUUGGAGGAAAAAUCCAAAUCGCCUUCCCCUCCUCGACUGACUGAAGAUCUCGAGAAAGCCCCUCUUGUGCUGCAGCCAGAGCUAACAGUCAGUGAGGAGGAAACUCCCCCACCUUUACUUACCAAGGAAGCAUCUUCUCCACCACCUCGUGCACAACUCCAGAGUGAAGAAAUCGAGCCCAUGGAAGGCCCAGCACCCCCUGUCCUCAUUCAGUUAUCUCCUCCUAAUACAGAUGCUGAGAACAGGGAGCUGUUAGUAGCUCAGCAUCCUGUCCAGUUGGUGGGAAGCCUGUCUCCUUUGUCAAGUCCUGCAGACACCAAAGCAGAAUCUCCCACAGAGAAAGUGCCAGAGGAGAGUGCCCUGCCUCUAGGUCAGAGGAGCACACUGGCUCAGUACCCAACCCAGAAGGCUCUUGAAACUGACUCAGAAAAAUCUGCUCAGCCACUCCCUCUAAAAAUCCAGGAAUUAACACCGGCCAAGGGAAUCACAGAGCAGUCUGUGAGGCAGCUGUCCUUGGAACAGAAGGAAGGCAGAAGGGCUUCUCACCCUCUUCUGCUGGGGCACAGAUUGAAACAGUCAGCUGAUUCAUCCUCUAGCCGCUCGUCCUCAUCUUCAUCCUCCAGUUCUAGGUCCAGAUCUCGCUCUCCUGACAGUUCAGGCUCUCCAUCUCACUCACCUCCGAGGUCCAAGCAGAGAGAUGUAUCCCAGGCACAUGUUCACACCAACCCUCGUGGUAGACCCAAGAUGGACUCCAGAUCAACAUCAGAGUCCCGGUCCCGGUCCCGGUCCCGGUCCCGUUCAGCAUCAAGCAACAGCAGAAAAUCACUGAGCCCUGGAGUCUCCAGGGACAGCAGCACCAGCUUCAUGGAAACCAAAGAUCCCUCUUCUGGUCAGGAGAUUGCAACUCCACCAGUGCCACAACUACAGGUCCUUGAGCCAAAGGAGAGGACUUCCGCCUCCUCAUCCUCUAUCCAUGUGAGGCAUCUGAGCCAGCCUGAGCCAGCGGAAAAGCAUGUGACCCAGAGGUUACAGCCUGAGCGGGGGAGCCCAAAGAAGUGUGAAGCUGAAGAGGCAGAGCCACCAGCUGCCACACAGCCCCAGACCUCAGAGACUCAGACCUCUCAUCUACCAGAAUCAGGAAGGAUUCAGCACACUGUUGAGGAGAAGGAGGAAGUGACCAUGGACACAAGUGAGAGCAGACCUGAAAAUGACGUCCCGGAGCUUCCUAUGCCUAUUGCAGACCAAGUCAGUAAUGAUGACCGCCCAGAGGGCAGUGCUGAAGAUGAGGAGAAGAAAGAGAGCUCGCUGCCCAAAUCAUUCAAGAGGAAGAUCUCCGUUGUCUCAGCGACCAAGGGGGUGCCAGCUGGAAACAGUGACACAGAGGGGGGCCAGCCUGGUCGGAAGCGACGUUGGGGAGCCAGCACAGCCACCACACAGAAGAAACCCUCCAUCAGUAUCACCACCGAAUCGCUGAAGAGCCUCAUCCCCGACAUCAAACCCCUGGCGGGGCAGGAGGCUGUUGUGGAUCUUCACGCGGAUGACUCCCGCAUCUCCGAGGAUGAGACGGAGCGGAAUGGCGACGACGGGACCCACGACAAGGGACUGAAGAUAUGCCGGACUGUCACUCAGGUAGUACCCGCCGAGGGCCAGGAGAACGGGCAGCGGGAAGAAGAGGAAGAGGAGAAGGAGCCUGAAGCAGAGCCCCCUGUGCCUCCGCAGGUGUCAGUAGAGGUGGCCUUGCCCCCGCCUGUGGAGCAUGAAGUCAAGAAAGUGACUCUAGGAGACACCUUAACUCGACGCUCCAUUAGCCAGCAGAAGUCCGGAGUUUCCAUCACUAUCGAUGACCCAGUCCGAACCGCGCAGGUGCCCUCCCCGCCCCGGGGCAAGAUUAGUAACAUUGUGCAUAUCUCCAAUUUGGUUCGACCCUUCACUCUAGGCCAGCUGAAGGAAUUACUGGGCCGCACAGGAACCUUGGUGGAGGAGGCCUUCUGGAUUGACAAGAUCAAAUCUCACUGCUUUGUCACGUACUCAACAGUAGAGGAAGCAGUUGCCACCCGCACAGCUCUGCAUGGGGUCAAAUGGCCCCAGUCCAAUCCGAAAUUCCUUUGUGCUGACUAUGCUGAGCAAGAAGAGCUGGAUUAUCACCGGGGUCUCUUGGUGGACCGUCCCUCUGAGACCAAGGCAGAGGAGCAGGGAGUACCACGGCCCCUACACCCCCCUCCCCCACCCCCAGUCCAGCCACCACAGCACCCCCGGGCAGAACAGCGGGAACAGGAGCGGGCAGUGCGGGAGCAGUGGGCAGAGCGGGAACGAGAAAUGGAGCGACGGGAACGAACUCGAUCGGAGCGUGAAUGGGAUCGAGACAAAGUUCGGGAGGGGCCACGUUCCCGAUCGCGGUCCCGUGACCGCCGCCGCAAGGAACGUGCAAAAUCUAAAGAGAAGAAGAGUGAGAAAAAAGAGAAGGCCCAGGAGGAGCCGCCUGCCAAGCUACUGGACGACCUUUUCCGUAAGACCAAGGCGGCCCCCUGCAUCUAUUGGCUCCCGCUGACUGACAGUCAGAUCGUUCAGAAGGAGGCAGAGCGGGCUGAACGGGCCAAGGAGCGGGAGAAACGGCGAAAGGAGCAGGAAGAAGAGGAGCAGAAGGAGCGGGAGAAGGAAGCCGAGCGGGAGCGGACCCGGCAGCUGGAGCGGGAGAAGAGGCGGGAGCACAGCAGGGAGAGGGAGCGGGAGCGCGAGCGGGAGCGGGAGCGCGACAGGGGGGACCGAGACCGAGACAGGGAGCGGGACCGAGACAGAGGCCGGGAGCGGGACCGCAGAGACACCAAGCGCCACAGCAGAAGCCGGAGUCGGAGCACCCCUGUGCGGGACCGGGGUGGGCGCCGCUAGCCGGGAGAACACUAGGAGAGCUGCAGGUACCAGCCACUCUGCCCCGGGGAGGGGGGUUAAAGGCCACAGAGGGAUAGGUACAGUCUUCACCGCUCUGGAACCAGGGCUCUUUCACACCGUCUGCCCAGCGCUGACGUCUGGCUGCCACCUGUCCCCACAGAGCAGAUGGAGCAGUGGCCAUCCUCCCCACUGCCUUUUAAACCUAACUCUUGGGACUUAGCCCUUUCCUCCCUCUCAUUUCCAUUCAGUCUGUGAGAGGGAAGAGCUAGGUUAGGGAGGGAGGUGGGGAACAGCCAGGUGCCCUGAGACCUCUCAUUUUUCCACCAUCCUUCUCACCGCCUCCCCUGGGUACUCACAGUCGCCUCUCGGGAACAGCCGGGGCCAGGACUGGGUCACCUAUGAGCUGAAUCAGCGUCUCCUCCUGAGUCCCGGGGCCCCUGCAGUUCCCAGUCUCUUCUGUCCUGCAGCCUUUGCCUCUUGCUGACCGGUUCCACUUUAUAUCCACCUUUUCCUUUUGUUCAAUUUUUAUUUUUAUUUUUUUUAUUAUUAAAUGAUGUGGUCUAUGGAAAAAAAAAUAAAAUCUGACUUAGUUUUAAA